CAAGAAUGGGAUUUUGAAACAGAAGAAGGGACUUUUCUAUUUUUAAAAGCUUUGAUGAUAUCCCCAUCGACAUCAGGAUUGGAAGUGACCUUGGAGAGUUGGCCUGUACGACCCUAAUUCAGCUCUUGACAGGCUGGUUUUGGUCGGGAGAAUGGCUCGUCUCUAUAGAAGCAUUUCCCCGUUUCUUCCUCCUGACUGGGCAAAGCAACUUCCAGUUGAUUCAAUUCCAAAGACCGCAGUUUCCGUAGCUUGCUCAACUGCCGACUCCUAUUCAUGAGUGGUCUCGGUUUCCAGGUGUACCUGAUGGCUUUUCUGUUGGCAUCAAGAGGGAUGAUAUGACACAUAGCACAUUAUCCGGCAACAAGGUGCGAAAGCUGGAGUUUCUUCUUGCUGAUGCUAUCCAGCAAGGCUGUACAUCUGUCAUCACAUGUGGUUCCAUUCAGACCAACCAUGGUAGAGCAACAGCUGUAGCAGCCAGGGAGCUUGGUCUGGAUCCAUAUUUAGUUGUCCGUUCUCGACCAGCAGAUGUGGAACAAACGGACAACUAUCCGUGCGCUGGAAAUGUUUUACUCGACAGGAUGGUUGGUGCUGGCAUCAUAUUUGCGCCGUAUGGGAGUCAAAAAGAGAGCUUAGCUCCCCGUAUGAAGACACUUGCCGAUGAGUUGCUUGCACAGGGACAGAAAGCCUACGUCAUACCAGUCGGUGGAUCUAAUCAAGUUGGCAUGUGGGGAUACAUCGUGGCCUUCCAAGAAAUGAUGCAGCAGGGUGUGCUGGAGAACUAUGAUGAUAUUGUGCUUGGCUGUGGCAGUGGAGGCAGCUGCUGUGGACUGGCGGUCGCGAACUAUCUUCUCGGAUCACCGUUAAAAAUUCACGGAGUGUGCGUUGCAGACAAUGCCGACAACUUCUACCAGGGCUUAGAUGCUGAGCUUGAUGUGCUUCAGCUGCGCAGCAAGGUAGCGGCUCGUGACAUCAUUGACUUUGUGGACGGAUACAAGGGCGCUGGAUAUGGCAUCUCAAGCGAUGAAGUGUAUGACCUGGUGCUGUCCGUGUCUCGCAGUACUGGUGUCAUCCUGGACCCAGUGUACACCGGCAAGGCUGCCUACGGACUGCAGCAGAUGAUGCUCAAGCAGCCAGAGCGCUUCAAAGGACGCCGUGUCCUCUUUAUACACACUGGUGGUGUGUUUGGCACAUACACGAUGAGCAUUGAGCCACGGCUGCAAGAAACAAGUAGUGGCCAGGUUGUUGACUGGAAUGAUUCGCUGGAGCCGCUGCCGACUUUGCCAAAGAACCUCACUUCAAUUUAAUAGUACAGAAUCAUGGCUUGAACUGGUUUCGAAAAGCUAUUUCAUAUUUCCGUAACAUUUCCGUAACAAAGGACGAAACAGUUCUGUGCGCAGAUCGAGGCAUAUUUCCGUAACAUAUUCUUUCCAUAGGCUUAGGUGACAUGAUUUCCCUGUGUUGUCCAUGCAAGGUUGAAUUUUCACCUUUUUCUAGUUAGUUUGGUUGUCGCAAUUUUAGGCAAGAUUUUCCACAAUUGUAGGCUUUGGUGAUUUUCUCGAAGGCAUUAGGCUGACUUCAUAUCACAACUCUUCUCAUACAUUUAUUUGCUAGAAAUGAAGGGUGAACUUAUAUUUUAGGCAGGCUGUAGCCUGUGUAGGAUUCUGAAAGACUUUGGUGGUUUAAAAAAUUGCAGAACUUUGAUGAAUACCAUGUCAUGUA